AUGCGGCGAAAAAAAGCUUCCCCAGAAGAUCGAAUCGUAGGUACUGACGUGCCUCCCGAAAUUCCUCCAUCCGAAAUGCCGUUCGUGUGCUCCGUUCGUCUCCAAAGCGUCCACCGAUGCUGUGCCUCCAUCUUGAAUCCGAACUGGCUGCUAACAUCCGGACAGUGUACGGCCGACCUUGCGCCGGAUGCAAUUUCAAUCGUUUGCGGUAUCCGUAUGUAUCGAACGGUGGUGGAGAUUGCACUCCUUCCUUACUACCAACCGGCUGCAUCCAAACCGACGGCAAACGAUCUUGCACUGCUCCGAGUGGGAAGAGCACUCAGCUUUACGAGCAACGUGCAGCCCAUUCCAUUAUACGACGGGGUGGAAGUUUCCACAGGGACCGCAACCCUCGUCCGCUACGGACCAAUGGACGAACGGUGGAGUUGGUGGAAUUCAAAGCUUCAGCUGGCUGAGGUGUCGAUAUUAUCAGCCUGCGAAUGUCAGUACCGUCUGGGGCCUGCUCUGGCCCCCUAUCUCGAACCACGCAACAUCUGUACCGAUAACGGAUUUGUGACGACUAUGCCGCUAACCGCAACAGGUGGCCCGUCGUCGCGCUGUGUCGGUGAUUCGGGAGCACCGGUAAUGUUUGCUGCUUCCGAGCUGCAACCCUACACCCUGCUGGCGGUAACGGGCUGGACGGUCGCCCCUUACGGUACGGGCCCAUCGGUGCACGUUCGUGUUGCGCCGCAUCUCGACGGGAUUCUGUCCAUUAUCGGGGUCAAUUAACGCACCCGAUUAGGUGCCCCCGUUUAAAAUACGCGAUAA